UCUAGCCAUAUAUAUAAGAUUCCUAUGUCGGCAUAUGUCCGUGCCGCAAAACGCACUACCCUUUUACCUAAGAAAAGUUCCUUGGAGGUUCACAGGCAACCGGGACUCUAGAUAUAAUGGACAGCCAGGGACGGAAAGUGGUUGUUUGUGACAACGGCACCGGAUUUGUCAAGUGUGGCUAUGCUGGCUCCAACUUCCCAGAGCACAUCUUCCCCGCCUUAGUGGGCAGGCCCAUCAUCCGCUCCACAGCCAAAGUGGGAAAUAUUGAAAUCAAGGAUUUGAUGGUGGGGGACGAGGCCAGUGAGCUGCGCUCCAUGCUGGAGGUCAACUACCCCAUGGAGAACGGUAUCGUGCGCAACUGGGACGACAUGAAGCACCUGUGGGACUACACCUUCGGUCCCGAGAAGCUCAACAUCGACUCACGCAACUGCAAGAUCCUGCUCACCGAACCUCCAAUGAAUCCUACCAAGAACCGGGAGAAGAUCAUAGAGGUAAUGUUCGAGACGUACCAGUUUUCAGGUGUCUACAUUGCUAUUCAAGCCGUGCUGACGCUGUACGCUCAAGGCCUUCUGACUGGCGUGGUGGUGGACUCCGGUGAUGGCGUGACGCACAUCUGUCCUGUGUAUGAAGGAUUCAGCUUGCCCCACCUGACCAGACGUUUGGACAUCGCCGGGCGGGACAUCACCCGCUAUCUCAUCAAGUUGCUGCUGCUACGAGGCUACGCCUUCAACCAUUCGGCCGACUUUGAGACUGUACGCAUGAUGAAGGAGAAGCUGUGCUAUGUAGGAUACAACAUCGAGCAGGAGCAGAAGCUGGCGCUGGAGACCACUGUGUUGGUUGAGUCCUACACGCUGCCAGACGGCCGCGUGAUCAAGGUGGGCGGUGAGCGCUUUGAAGCACCCGAGGCCCUAUUCCAACCACACCUCAUCAACGUGGAGGGUGUAGGCGUGGCCGAGCUGCUCUUCAACACCAUCCAGGCGGCCGACAUUGACACCAGGCCCGAGUUCUACAAACACAUCGUGCUGUCAGGGGGGUCCACCAUGUACCCUGGGCUCCCCUCACGACUGGAAAGGGAACUCAAGCAGCUGUACCUGGAGCGCGUGCUUAAGGGGGAUGUGGACAAGCUAUCGAAAUUCAAGAUCCGCAUCGAGGACCCUCCCAGGCGAAAGCACAUGGUAUUCCUGGGUGGGGCGGUACUGGCUGACAUCAUGAAGGACAAGGACAACUUCUGGCUCACCCGCGAGGAGUACCAGGAGAAGGGGGUGCGCGUUCUGCAAAAGCUGGGUGUCACCGUCAGAUAAAGACACAAACAAAUAUAUCUUAUUUAUCUUUCUUCUCUUUUCCGCUGUCAAUCUCCCCUUUUCCGCCUUCACCCUUCCUGGCAAACGGUUCCAUAUUUUUUGCACAGUUCCCAUAGAGUUUAAAAAAAAAAAAAAAAGGUUAACAUUACCGCAAGUUAGCGGAGAAAUUGGGGACGUCUUGAAGGGAAGCCUACGAGUUUUUUGAUAUCACAAUCAGGGUCCACCCAAUUGUUUUUUGGUCCCGUGGCUAAUCACAUUUCUAUAUGUGACUGUUUGUUUUGUUUUGUUUUUCUAAGGAGAGGGAUCACUUAUUUUCUUUUAUUGCUGAAUUGUUUUUUCCAGCUCCCCUCUUGCCUUUUUUUGCAGUGAGCUACUACCAUUGUAAAUGGAGUGAGGCUAAUUAUGGUAACAGAAGUCUUUUGGGUGGUUUAAUGAAGAGUGCAACUCCUUCUAAAGCAGGGUUCCCCGAAAACGGUAAUUUUAUUUGACGGUGGCGUCAUUAGACUGUCAUAAGGCCGUUAUAAGUAUGACAUGACAUGACAUGUCAUGAGAAUUAAUGAAUGCCUAUGACUGAUGUCAUUAGGUGUCAUCCGGCAAAUUUUGUAACAACAAUUAUGUCCAGCCGCAUCUUUUACAUCCAUUCAAAAGUGACACUUAAUGACAUCUAUCGUAAAUUUUAAUGCUCAUGACAGUGUAAUGUCAUAAUUAUGACGGUCAUAUGGCAGUUUUAUGACGCCACUAGCAAAUCGUUACCCCAAAAACUCACUGGCUGCCAUUAAUGCCGACAGAUGUCGAGUUUGAUCAUUCGCCGCCAGUUGACAUCUAUUGUCUUCAAACGCAGAAAUAAGUUCAAAGUGACUAGUAAUCGACUAGUACAUACGCGAUUAUUAGUAACCUCAAAACUUUUGUACAUUAAGAACCAUGUACCAGUCGUAGUUUUGAAGGUUAAACAACUGCAAACGGCAAAUAGUGAACCAUGUAAUUGGACAAACCCUAAAUUUCUGUUUUAAACUGUAGCUCAACUAUACUAACCCAAUAGUACAGUCGUGAUUGCAGUAAAUAUUUGGGUAACACUUUGACAGAGGGUUCAUAAGACUGUCAUGAUUAUGACAUGACGCUCAUGUUAUGACAGAUGUCAUUAAGUGUCAUCUGGCAAAUGAUAUCACUUGAAUGGAUGUAAAUUAUGUAUACUGGACACAAAUGGAGUUAGUGACAUUAUUUGCCGGAUGACACUUAAUGACAACUGCCAUAAGCAUUUAUUAAUGCUCAUGACAGUGUCAUAAUUAUGAUGGUCUUAUGACAGUCUUGUGAACCAAUAUGGUAACAAUUUAUUUGAAAUAAUCACUGUACAAAUAUGGUAGCACUUUAUUUGACAGCAGUGUCAUAAGACCGUCAUAAUUAUAAAACUCAUGAGCAUUAAUGAAUGCUUUCAUAACACUGUUAUAAGACCGUGGUAAUUAUGACACUGUUAUGAGCAUUAAUGAAUGCUUAUGACAGUUGUCAUUGUCGUACGGCAAAAUCCGUCACUUUUGAAUGGAUGCAAAAGAUGCGGUCUGGACAUAAAUGGAGUUAGUGACAUCAUUUGUUGGAUGACGCUUAAUAACAUCUGUCAUAAGCAUUCAAUAAUGCUCAUGACUGUGCUCAUAAUGUCUUACGAGUCUUAUGAACCCUACUGUCAAAGUGUUAGCAAUAUUUGUACGACAAAGCUUUGUUGGUCAUAAACAAACAAACAAAAAAAUCUAAAGUAAAGCAGUCUCGGGUUCAUUAUCUGCGAUUUGAAACUGAUUACCAAUUUACAAAAGAAAGAGGAGGGAAUUUGCAACCCGAAGGAAAAUUUCUGAAUUUGGGGAAAUCCUGUAUUCAAGGAGGACGGACACACCAAAAAUAAAGAAGAAAUUGAAGCUUGCUAUGACUUAAUCGUGUGAUGGUACUUUCCAGUGUGUUUCAUCUGCCUUAGUGUUGAUCAAAAAGGCCUGAUGUUGGAAAUCUACACAAAACGCAGCAAAUCACAGAAGGUUUAAAUGGAAAAUGCUGUUUUUUGGAGAUUUUUUUUUUUUUUUGCCCCUCGGGGUCUUCCCUGGUGUGAUCAAUACUGGAGGCACUUCACCAUGUUAUGAUUUUUUUAUUUUUUUUUUUGGAUUAUGAAGAUUUUUGACAUGUAUAUUUUUCUUUUCCUCCUUUUCUGUGGAUGUCUUAUCCUGUGCCAAGUGCAGUUCAUGUUUUAUUGUAUGUCUCUGCUCUCUUUAAUUUUUGGUUGCCACCAUUUUGUUUUGACUUUGUUGUUCAUAGCAUAACUGCAUAACGCUGAUUUAAAUAAAGAAAAGUGAUUUAUAACAAA